CUCUGGAGGUCAGAGGUCACCGCGGCGGAGAAACAUGGCGGCCUCCAGGAAAGCGUCCGUGGUGCUGAAGGCGGUGAAGAAAAUCACGGUGCAGUUCUGUCCUUUCGAGUCCAAUGUCCGCUCCACACGAGAGUUUUUGUCCCUGGUGGGCUCGGAGAAGGCCCGAGCCACCAACAUGAACUGCGAGGUGAUACCCAUGGUGAAACACGACAAGUCUGAGCCUGUAGUAGAAGUUAAUUUCGUGGACGGAGACACGCUGCUGAUGAAAGGGACACACCUGAGCAGCAAAGAGAUGUUGAGUGUGUUUCAGUCCCGCUGCGCCGCUAAAGACCCUCAGGGAAAACCUGCUGCCAAAAAAUGACCCUCCCUAACAUUUCUGCAUUGAAUUCAUUUGUAUUUAUUUGUGUAUACUGUUAAACAUUUGCAAUAAAACCACUUAAUUGAAUAUAAGUAGUAGUGGUUAUUGACUUAAGUAUUUUUGACUUAAACAGCUGUGAAUG